UCCUUACAUAUCGCCUCUUCUAGGUCUCGUACCUCUUGCAUAGAGAUCUCAUCGUAUUCAUCCGAUCCCUCGCGGGAUACAGUCUCGCGAGGGGAGAACCGCAAAAUCGGAGGAAGCGGAUAUUCGUGGGUCUAAAUCUGACACUUCAAGCUUCAAGUGGAGGGGGUCGGCCGCCAUUUUGGAGCCAGUCAGCUGUGCGUCCGAGGAGAUGACUUCAGAUACGAUCCAGCCCUGACACCAUGAAGACCCUGCUGCUUUUCGCCGUCUCGUUGACGGUUUCUAACUGUCAAUUGUUGGGAGGUGCGCGGGAGACCGCGAUCGAAGAUGCUAUCAUCGCAGAAGUAGCCCAUUUUGCAGUCUCUUCGCAUCCCGGAGAAACUUCAGAAGACGGUUUCUACGACGCACUUGAGAAGAUCAACAAAGCUGAGAAACAGACGGUCGCUGGAACUCUGUACACUUUGGACCUCCAAGUCGGAGCCUCAGGAUGCACGCUGAAGAGCGAGUACGACCGCGCUCGCUGUAAGGUCAAGGCAUCGUCAGCAUCUCGUCGCUGCAUCGCCAAGGUCCACGUCCAAGUUUGGAUGAAACCCCAGAAUGCUGUGACUGAAUGGAAUUGCGAAAGCUAGAUUCCUGAAAGAACCUCGAUUGUUACACGCAAACGGAGGAACAACUUCUCGUAUCUUUCACUGAGCUCAUGAUAUUUUUCCAAUAAAAUCUGAUAUCAGACUCGAUAUCAGCUUGUUCCGUUUAA